AUGGAAGAAGACUGCUGCGCCACGCAACUUAUCGACGGGAAUGGUGAAUUCAAUGUGGCGGGGCUCGAUGAGUUCGUGAACAGAACUAAGCUUGUCCAUUGUGGCCUAUCCUAUGCGGUGGUUGCCAUCAUGGGACCGCAGAGUAGCGGGAAGAGCACCCUCUUAAACCAUCUUUUCCAUACCAGUUUCAGGGAGAUGGAUGCGUAUAGAGGAAGGAGUCAAACAACUAAAGGUAUCUGGAUAGCCAAGUGUAUUGGCAUUGAGCCAUGCACAAUUGCCAUGGAUUUGGAGGGCACAGAUGGAAGGGAGCGAGGCGAGGAUGACACUACAUUUGAGAAACAAAGUGCCUUAUUUGCUUUGGCUGUUGCAGAUAUUGUGCUGAUAAACAUGUGGUGUCAUGACAUUGGUCGGGAACAGGCAGCCAACAAACCUCUUUUAAAAACAGUUUUCCAGGUCAUGAUGCGUUUAUUUAGUCCUCGCAGAACUACUCUUUUGUUUGUUGUACGUGAUAAAACGAAGACCCCACUUGAACUUUUGGAACCUGUUCUAAGAGAAGAUAUUCAGAAGAUAUGGGAUGCAGUUCGCAAGCCUGAGGCCCAUAAAUAUACUCCUCUAAGUGAAUUCUUUAAUGUUGAGGUGACCGCAUUAUCAAGUUAUGAAGAGAAAGAGGAGCAAUUUAAAGAACAGGUUGCUGAACUGAGGCAGCGGUUUUUCCAUUCUAUAUCUCCAGGGGGACUUGCUGGUGACAGGCGGGGUGUUGUACCUGCUUCAGGAUUUUCUUUUAGUUCUCAGCAGAUAUGGAGAGUUAUAAAAGAAAACAAGGACCUGGAUCUUCCUGCACACAAGGUAAUGGUUGCCACUGUUCGGUGUGAAGAGAUUGCAAGCGAGACACUUCGGCGCUUGACAUCCGAUGAGGUUUGGUUGGCGUUGGAAGAAGCUGUUCAAGCUGGCCCUGUUUCUGGAUUUGGGAAAAAGCUGAGUUCUAUCUUAGAAACCUACUUCUUGGAAUAUGAUAUGGAGGCAGUGUACUUUGAUGAAGGUGUGAGAAACUCAAAGCGGCAACAGCUGGAGGCAAAAGCAUUAGAUUUUGUGCAUCCUGCUUAUAUUACCAUGUUGGGGCAUCUAAGAUCUAGAGCUCUUGAAAGUUUCAAAGCUAGAUUGGAAGACUUACUUAAUAAAGGAGAAGGAUUUGCAGCGUCUGUCCGUACAUGCAUUGAAUCUUCUAUGCAUGAAUUUGACCAAGGAUGUGCAGAUGCUACUAUUCAACAGGCUAAAUGGGAUGCUUCCAAAGUCAGGGAAAAACUUUCUCGUGAUAUUGAUUCACAUGCAUUAUUGGUUCGCAGUUCUAGAUUGUCUGCCAUUACAGUCAACUAUGAGAAACAACUUUCGGAGGCACUUACUGCACCUGUGGAGUGUCUAUUUGAAGCUGCUGGAAAAGACACCUGGGCUUUGAUAAGGGAGCUCCUUAAGCAUGAGACUGAGGCAGCUGUAUCAGAGUUCUCAAAUCUCAUUGUUGGUUUUGAGUUGGACCCAGCUACAGUUGAUAAAAUGGUGCAAAAUUUAAGGGACUAUGCAAGAAAUUUGGUGGAGAAGAAGGCGAGGGAAGAAGCUGCAAAAGUUCUGAUUCGCAUGAAAGAUAGGUUUUCAACCGUCUUCAAUCAUGACAAGGAUUCGAUGCCAAGGAUUUGGACUGGAAAAGAGGACAUUAAAGCAAUCACCAAGGAGGCCCGUUCUUCGGCCUUGAGCCUUUUGUCUGUUAUGGCUGCCAUACGCUUGGAUGAGACUUCAGAUAAGAUUGAGAGUGUUCUUCUUGCAUCUCUAAUGGAUAGAACCGUUGCUCUUCCAUCUUCUCUGGACAGGAGCUUUGGAGCUUCUACAGACCCCCUAGCCUCAAGCACAUGGGAGGAGGUUCCCCCAAAGAAUGUGGUGAUUACACCAGUGCAAUGUAAAUCAUUAUGGAGACAGUUCAAAACAGAAACAGAGUAUACAGUUACUCAAGCAAUUUCAGCACAGGAGGCUUACAAGCGAAGCAACAACUGGUUACCUCCACCAUGGGCAAUUGUUGCCAUGGUUGUCCUUGGUUUUAAUGAGUUCAUGCUCCUUUUGAAGAACCCUCUUUAUCUUAUGGCUUUGUUUGUCAUUUUCUUAUUUUCCAAAGCUUUGUGGGUGCAACUGGACAUUGCAGGGGACUUUCAGCAUGGCGUUCUUCCUGGACUUCUUUCCCUUUCGUCAAGGUUUCUUCCCACCAUCAUGAACCUUCUAAGAAGACUUGCAGAGGAGGCACAAGGUCAUCAAACCCAAGAAGUUUCGAGACCAUCUCAGUCUCUUCCUUCUCAAAGUUUGGGCAAUCAAUCCUUUAAACCCCUGUCAUCAAGUUCAAUGCCUCGAUCAUCAGUGUCAUCUAAUAUUGCAUCUUCUGAUGACGGAGACGAGUACACGAGUCCUAGUUUGACUCAGAGGCGAAGUAUCAAAGUCCAGGAGGCAGAACUCUCUUAAUUUGAAAUCCCAUGUUGAAUAAUGUAUCGAAGAAAGGUAGCUUCUCUACUUGGCCAUGAAUACUGUAGCUUUCUUGCCGAAGACAGAAGGGGGAGUGGAAGACCAUUUUAGAGUCUUAAGACUGGAUGAACUGCUUGUUGUUAUAUUCAGAUGGGUGAACAAGUUAGUCCAGAAAUGCUGAGAAAAUAUGUAUGUCGUUACAGCGUUAACGUGUAUUUUUAACUGUAAGAAAAUCAAUUUUGGGGCGAUGUGUAAGUUAUACAACGUUAAUGUCCUUUUGAUUUAGUAAUAAAAUCGAUUCUGCUUUUAUCGAUU